AUGCCAGCUGUCCAUAAAGCUCUAGGAACCAAGUCCAUUGCUCUUUUGGUUGCUUCGGGCACGUCUUUCCAAGCCGCCACCUAUUGUAAGAAAGGCCAACAAACCAAAGAAGAAUGGAACUCACUUAAAGAAUCUGGCCCCAACCACGGCCUUAACUUCAAAGGAGAAGAAUUUGGUAGUAUCCCCUCACCGGGAAAACGUGUCGACCUAGACCUCCUAUGCGAAGCAGUUGAAGAAGGCAAAUCCUUGUUAGAAGUAUCUAAGAUUCACCCAGCAUCAUAUGUCCGUAAUUACCGAGGUCUUGCAAACCUCCAAGCCUUGAACACUAAACCCUAUGAACAUGAAACAGCCCGUGGAGUGUACUACUGGGGACCUCCUGGUACAGGUAAAUCCCAUACAGCCCGCAGUCUAUGUCCUGAAUCACUAUACAUUAAACCCCAAAGCAAAUGGUGGGAUGGAUAUGCCAGUGAAUCACACGUCCUCUUAGACGAUAUGGACGGAAACUUUCUAGGCCAUUAUUUGAAGAUUUGGGCUGACAAGUACGCCUGCACAGGUGAAAUUAAAGGCGGUAUGGUGAAACUCUCCCACACAACCUUCAUCAUAACAAGCAACUACUCCAUCGAUAGUCUAUGGAAGGACGAUCCCGUAAUGGCAGCAGCAAUCAAACGCCGCUUCAAAGUGAUACAUAUGACAGUUCCCUAUAUGUUCAUUUCCAAACCCCCGGAAGCUUCUCCAAUAUCGAAAGCCAAUCACAUUUUUGGAACCACCCCAUUCAAACCCCUUCCCACCCGACCACACCCCAACCCCCCAACCCCAAUCCCUGUGUAG